GCUAAACUAAACUGAAACUUCACAGCUGUUCAUGUUUAUGUGGUAUUAUAUCUGGUUUUACCUUAUCUGAUCGGAUGGUGUGGUGGAAUAAGGUUAAGUUUGUUAUAAAAAACAAGAUAUCUUUGCGUUCUUUAAUAGUUGUUCCCGGUUGAGGUGAUAACAUUAAUUAAUUGAUAUCACCUUUUGUGCUUAGAAAUUAUAAUGUUUACACUAUAUAAGAAUUUUUCGUUUGAAUAAACCAAUUACCAUCCAAUCUCCAGAACCGGGCAUAGGGUUUAACUUCAACAUUAAACUAAUAAUUAACUUAAAACUUUGUUAAACCUGAAUUAGUCGUAAACUAUGGAUUCUAAAACAUUGAAAAGUACAUUAAAGCAAGCAAAGGAAGCUAUAAAGAACAAGGAUAUAAGUUCAGCUCUCAGCCUUUGCAAGGCUGUAUUAAAAGAGGAUCGUAACAAUUACAUUGCUCUAGUUUUACUUGGGGCAGCCUUUCAAGAAUCUGAUCAGAAAAAUCAAGCCCCUAAUGCUUACCGUAAAGCUAUAGAAGUUUCCCCUGAUCAAGUGCUAGCAUGGCAAGGGCUCAUGGUGUUUUACGAGAAAGAUGAUGCCAACAAACAUGCAGAAGAACUAGUUCCAAUUUAUCAGCGUUUGUUACAGCUUGAAAGUGAAACUUCAAAGUGGUGUGACACAAUGUUAAAAAUACAGAUGAUAAUUACAAAAUUUAAAAGUGAUGACAGUAUAGGACAAAUACUGAUAGAAUAUAAAGACACAAAUGAUAGUGUCAAAUUAGAUGCUUUACGUAAAUUAGUUGUUCAAUAUCUGUCACAUGUUGAUGAAAUUCCAGCACAGAAUCUAAAAUUGUGUGAAGAAGUUUUAAAUAGACCGGACUCAGAAUUGGAGAACGACCAUUGUCAGGCCUGCUUCAAGCUGUUGUACAACCAGAAGAAAUUGCAUCAGUUGUUAACAUACGCAGGCAAGCUGAUUCAGAUGAAUGACGAGAACUGCCAAGCGCUCGAGUGGAUUUGCAAGGUCACCUCGGAGUUGUAUGUGGAGGACCGAGGUAGCUUGGAGGACUGGUGCAUCCGGCUGUCACAGUACUACACCAGGCUGUUGGAGCUCAGCAAUGAUAACGUGCUAGGACUGAUGUCACGAGGAGUUCACCUGAUGUCGCAGAGAGCCUAUUUGGAAGCAAGAGAAACUCUUCAGUAUUGUUUGUCCCUGAACAGAGGCCUGUUCCACGCCAUGUGUCUGUUGGCGGAAACCGAACUCCAACUUUUGUGUCUGGAACAAGCUGAACGACACGCGCAGACAGCUCUCUCUCUGCGUCCAGACCACCGCAUCACAUGUGGGAUACUGGCUAAGACUCUGGCUCUUUCUGAUGAUCCAGGAAAUUGGAAAAAAGCAGUAAAUAUGGCCAAAGAGCUGUUGGCAGAAGGACAGUGUGAGUUAGCUGCGGAAGCAUUGUGUCAGGCAUAUCUACAGCUGCGACAAUGGACUGACCUAUUGACUGCCCUACUACCAUGCCUGAGUCAUGCUCCUGCUCUUGCUGCCUUACUGCACCUGGAGUGUGAUCAUCAAGGAGCAGGGAAGGAACUGCUUCCCACUCUUGCACAACAUACGCCUGACUGCCCAGAAGCAUGGUAUCGUAUUGGACAAUUGUACAACACAGAAUGCUCGUAUGAUCUCGCCUGCACUGCCUUUCUCAAGUGUGCAAAACUGGCACCUCAUUGGUACACUGCUUAUCUCCAACUGGGUCACAUCUACGCCAGAUCCAAUGCGACACUGGACAAGGCGAGACGGUGCUACCAGCGGGCCCUGGCACUCAACCCAGCACAUAGCCCCACGCAGAUGGCACUGAGUGACACAUACCGAGCGUUAGGAGACGGGAAAAGUAACCUGUCACUAUUGGAGGAUAUAUCACAGAGGCCAGAGGGUCGCUGGGCCUGUGCCAGACUGGGUCUGCAGUACUGGGACCUGGGGGACACAUCAGCAGCUAUCAACUGUCUUCGAGCUAAACACCUCACCACCCGGCUCAUGGGCUUGGCACGUGACCGUCUACAGGAGGGCCUCAUUGCCAUCGCCAGUGCGGUGCAGCUACGGCCAGAUCUAGCCUGCCUGUGGAAGCUUGCAGGAGAAUGUCUGACAUUAGCUGGAUCCCUACCUCGGUCGUGGCACUAUCUCACAGUGCCUGAGGUCCUGAGGUCAAAGUCAGCUAGUGAGGCCACUCAGCAAGGUCUCCAGCUGCUACAGCUAGGCGCACGUUGCUUGUGCCGGUGUCUCAAGCUGAUGUCAGGAGAGGGACAAGCUGCUGUAUGGCACGACCUUGCCCUCAACUACAGACAACAGGUGGAACUAUCUGACACUAGGGACGGCAUAUGUCAACGUGCAUUGGCUGCUGCCAAGGAGAGUGUCACUCUGGAUCCAGGCAGUUGGCAACACUGGAACCAGCUCGGAAUUGUUGCUGCUUUACCAGAAGUGAGGAAGUUCAAGUUGGCACAACAUGCAUUCAUCAAAGCUACUAUGCUGGAUAACACUGUGGCAGCACCAUGGAGUAACCUGGGCUGUUUGUACUUAAGGCUAGAUGAACUUAAACUGGCCAACGCAGCGUUCAGUGCAGCGCAGCGGACUGACUCCGAAUAUUGCCCUAGUUGGGUCGGCCAGGCGCUGAUAGCGGAGCGGGUACAGAACGAGGAGACAAUGGAUCUGUUCCGACAUACCACACAGCUCGGUUACCAUCCAGAGUCCAGCCUGGGCUACGGCCAGUGGGUGUGUCAGACACUGCGACAGGCCACCAAUGAUCCCCACUACAUCUACAGCAUUGAGCGUAUGCAUGCCGUUCCAGUUGCAAUUGAUGCGCUCACCUGGUCUACAGAUGACAGAGAGGAUGACGCUUGUGGGCUGAACAUGCUGGGCUGUCUGCUGGAGCGUUGUGGUCGCUACCGCAGCAGUGUAGAGGUUCUCAGUAGAGCUGUUGACCAGGCUCCGCCCACACAUCGAGACAAGGUUUUGGCCAACUUUGGACGGGUGCUGCUCAAGGCUGAAAAGGUGGAGGAUGCUGUGCAAGUGUACCGGGCCAUCUCCAAAGCUGAUAUUCAUUCCCAGUGUGGCCUUGCACUCGCUUUGUACAGAGAUAAGCAGUAUCAGGAGGCUUUUGAAGCAUAUGAAGCUGCCCUGAAUUGGUGGGCACAGGACGAUGCAGUAAAGUCCCAUCUCCAUGUAGCAAUGGCUGCCGUCGCUUACAAACUGGCCGGUGCCGACCUUGCUAAGACUUUACUUCUUAAAGGAAACCAGCUGAAACCGACGUCUGUGUAUGGAUUGUUUGCUGCCUGUUCACUGGGCAUGUUGAACAGUGACCUAGAGCUCUCCAAGAUGGUGCUCCGUGAUUUACUCAAGUACCAAAAUGAGGCUGAAUACAUACCACACAUUGCUCUCUUCCAGGCAUAUACAAAGUUUCUUCAGUGUGAUUUUCAAGGGUCAGUGUGGAGCAUGAGUAAGACAGUACAUGUCCAUCCAUCUCUGCCUGCGUUAUGGCUGCACCAGGCAUUACUGAUACUGAACAAGCACAGUGUUGGUGAAUCAGCAGGGGUGGUGGGUGUUGGCAAGGUGGGAGUAGCCGCUCACUCGGCUCGCACUGCCAUGACUCUUGGGCGCACCAAGAUGGAUGUCUCCAAGGUACUGGCUGUUGUGAGCCUCAGUCAGCUGAUGAGUGGUGAUGCCAACCGUGCUCUUUCAGCAAGUCAGCACGCCGUCCACUUGUACCCUGCUGUGGGUGAGUCCUGGGCAGUCCUGGCCACAUCCUGCCAUGCUGCCAGUGUUACCGAUGUCACACCUGCUCACCUGCGCUCGUUUAUUUCCCACGCACGCCAGAACAUCGAGCUUGAACGUCCACUUGCUAAGUGGAUGAGUAACUUUGAGCGUAAGAUUUCGUUACUCGCUGCAUAAACAUUGUCAAAAUCAAGUAAAUCUUUCAACAGUUUAGGAUUUCUUAAAAUUAAAAUAAUUUAAUUUUGCAGAAAACUGAGAAAAAAACUCAUUCAAUAGUGAUGAAUGUAUAAAGUGUUGUUCUUUUGAAGAAAGUUAAAAAAAGUUUGUUUUAAAUUUUUUAUCUUUUAAUUGCAUGUUUACUCUUCUUUACAUUAAAAUUAAGACUAAAGUAAUUUUUGUCUGAAUUAAAUUGAUAAUUGAUAAAAGAGAUUUCUGAUCAUUUCUGUGAUUUAUUUUUUAUUACUUAACUUGGUUACAUUAAUAGUUUUAUUGUAAGUUUUCUGAUAUUAAUAAUUUAGCGUUAAAAUUGUUGUUGUAGUUUAUAAAGUGGAAUAUCAUUAUAAUUGACAAUUUCAGCAGAAUUCAAUAUUUUAAUAAUAGACAUUACUAAAUUAUGUUUAAAACAUUUGCCUAGUGUACAAUUGAACUAACUAUUGUUUGUGAUAAGUAAAUAUUUGUAUAGCUGAAGAGCUGGUCUCUUUGUGCCAAAAAUGUUACAGAAACAUUAGUAUAUCACACUUUAGUUUACUACAAAAUAUGACAUAUUUUAAUUUUCCAUAUAGUAUUUAUCAUAAUAUAACUAAUAUUGUAUAUUUUGCACAAAAUGUUAUUCUAAGAUUUAAUUUGUUGUUAACUCUACUUGUAUAGUUUCAACCUUUUAAAUUAACGGCUUUAAAAACUAAGUUUUCCAUGUUUUAUAAGUUGCUAAUUUUUUAUAAAUGAAUAUAAAUUUGUGAUUAUAGUUA